CCAAUCACAGUCUUGGGAUGUUUCACCCCCGUCCCUUGGCAUUUUUCCCUCAACAGAACAGCAUUAUAUAACAAGUUAAACUUUAGUUUAGAGUCUCGCCCUUUCCUUUUGCACGGUGGUCAGUUCGCUGUGCAGUCUAUAAUCAACAUUUUCUCUGACAAGAAGGAAAAGUGCAGCCAUGGCUGACAAACCUGUGCUUUAUUACUUUAACGCGAGAGGGAAAAUGGAGUCAAUCCGUUGGCUCCUGGCAGCUGCAGGAGUUGACUUUGACGAGGUACUUCUGACAACUCGUGCUCAAUAUGAAAAACUAUUAAGUGAUGGAGAUCUCAUGUUUCAACAAGUUCCCAUGGUGAUAAUGGACGGCAUGAAGCUCAUUCAAACAAAGGCAAUACUGAAUUACAUUGCAGAGAAGUACCAUCUGCAUGGGAAAGAUAUAAAAGACCGUGUCAAGGUUAACAUGUACUCAGAGGGACUGAUGGAUCUGAUGGAAAUGAUCAUGACGUUGCCUUUCACGAGUAACCCUGAAGAAAAAAUAAUGGAAAUUGAAACAAAAGCCAAAGGACGCUAUCUUCCUGUGUUUGAGAAGGCAUUGUCUGACGCUGUUUACCUGGUGGGAGGUAAGAUGAGCAUGGCAGAUGUGCAGCUGCUUGAAUGCACCCUGAUGUUGGAGGAGAAAUUUUCAGGGAUCCUUGGCGAUUUUCCCAACAUUAAGUCUUUCCAGGGAAGGAUGACACAGAUUCAUGGCAUCCAAAUGUUCCUGCAGCCUGGCAGCAAGAGGAAGUCACCCCCAGAUGAGAACAUGUUAAAGGAGGUCAUGGAGGUGCUCCGAAUCAAAUUGCCUCUCUCGUAAAGUCUGAAAGAGAUCUGGUUCAUAAACAAGAAGCAGAACAUGAAAGCAGUUAUAAUUUCCCUUAAUAUAGAGAUUCAUAACAUCAGCAAUCAAAUGUCUUGAUAGCAUGUUAAUCAUCAUAAUCUUUAGUAGCAUUAUAAGGCUGUAUUGGUGUUCAGAUUCUACUUUGUAAUUUCCCCUUGUGCGACUAAUAAUGCAAUAUCUUAUCUUAUCUUAAAACCUUUCAAGCUACUGAAAACUGUUGUGUCAUGUAGGCAGAAGGGGCCCUCCCCAGACAGAUGUGGUGAUCUAAACCAUAGAAACAGUAGUACUAGCUCCAACCUUUGGCUGACAUUUGCCUGGUCUAAUCAGAUUUUAGAAGUUGUUAUUAAUAGGAUCAGAUUCCUUCUUUUCUAACAUCCCAGCUUUUGUGCAGGGCCUGGGACAGCCAUAAAAAUUCUAAAAAUUAAAUAAAAAAAAAAAAAUCAUACCUAUCUCAUUCUCAGCAAAUGGGCUUUCCAUAUUGUAGCAGGGAACAUCUUACUGACACAAUCAUAAAUGAGUAUUUUUGUUGCUUUUAAUAGGUUAGAAUGAAUAACCUUGUCUUAGAAAUAUUGCUUUAUCAUUGCUUGUUUGCAAUCACUGAUCCUGAAGAGUUAUUUUUACCACAGUUUGACUGAUGUACUUGCAUGGAGACGAUCAAUAUCACAAAUAGUCCUGCAGACCUCCUAGCAUCUAGUGUCAUCUAGCCAGAUGAAGGGCGACAAAAGUCUAGAGGAGUCUUGUACUGAUUUAAGAGACUAGCUGAGUUCCUUUUAACAUAAAAAAUCCUAAUUUUGUCACAGACAUGCUUUUAAUUGAAACAGUGAUGUACUGUCAAUUAAACAAACCUUGAGGGACAAGCGACCAAGAUGUGCCUUUCACGAGUGAGUCUGUGCCACUUAAUGACUCUUUAAUGUGAGCCAAUAUAGCUAGCUCCUACUCGAGUGCCAGUUUCCUUUCCUACUUACUUUGACGUCAUUUACUCCACAUUUGAAACGCCACACUGGUACCAAAUUCUCCAAGGAGGGCGUGAAUUAGUCAUGAAUUGGCACCACACAUAUCAAGAUUGUCUUAUCAGCAGAUGUAAAAAUGCAAAAUGUAGGGGAAAGGCUAAGAGGUAGGGGCAAGGAGUGUAUUGGAGCUGAGCCUUUGCCAAUGAAAAGUGCCUGGUACUACCUUCAGAACAGGGUAUAUUUCUCUUGCUAGACUUUACUCUGCAGUCCCUUGGUGGUGGAAUGAGGCCUGCUCUCAUGAAUAUCAAUGCAUUUAACAAUUCUUAUGCGUCUGAUGAUACUGAAUGUAGAUUAUAUCAAUGAUGACAGUAUGGAAAUGGUGUUGAUAGGAAUAUUCGUGAUGAUGAAGCUCUAGAUCGUGGUAUUUUUACACACAAAAAAAAAGUUUUUAUGCACCAUUUUCAUCCGAUUACACUUGCACUUGGCGGUAACUGCUUGUGCUUGUGUUGCAUUGACUCCCAAAUGUAUGCUGCUUUGCACAAAAGUGUCUGCUAAAUGAAACUGUUGAUAUGUAAAUUGCAGGCGUAUGAGUAAAGUACCAUGUUUUAGGCUCUCUGUCCUUACGUCCACACGCGCCAUCCUUGUUAAUGUGAUAUUCUAAGAACCCCUUGAGGGAUUUUCUUCUAUCUUUGCACAAAUGUUCAAGGGUGAACAGAUUAGAUUUGUAGGUUAGCAUAACUGGACCUUAUAGUUGUCCCAUUGUGAAUGUGAUAUCUCAGCGCUUUUAGUUUACUGAUUUUGAAGACGUGAGUGGGGUCAUUAAGUUAUGGCUGGUUAACUUCACCUUAUACCUGCCAGGUCUGUUACAAGCCACCAUGUUUCAGAUUGUCCACUUGCCUGUCCUGUUGACAGGAUACCUCGAGAACUUUUUGAGGGAUUUUCUUCAAACUUCACACAAAUGUCCUCUUUCACUCAAGGAUGAACAGAUUAGAUUUUCUAGUAAUUGUACUUCACAGAGGCAUAUAACUACCAGGCAGUAGUUGUGUUCUUAUAAAUGUGAAUGCAUCCUGUUCAUUGGGUUAUUUCUAUUAAUGAAAGGAGAACUGUGAUCCUAACUAUGUUGAUUUACUUUGUCUGCUUAUCAUUAUAGAAGCUGUCAAAACUGCCAGAAUAUUUCUCGAAAUGUUAAUACACUUAAAGGUAGCUCACUUUUUAUUGGAAUAAAUUCUGUAACUGUUUUUGUUGGUGCAGAUGAUGCAGCAGGUUUUGGUCUGAUGUAGAAAUAAUGACUGUAAGUGUCCUAAUGUCCACUACAGUGGUCUCUCUAUAAAACAUUAAACAUGUGAAUGAAGAA